UCAUCUCACCACACCGCCGUAGCAACACACACACAGAGAAGCCAAUCUCGCCGGAGAGGGAAGCGUCGACGAUGUCGGGCCGUGGCAAGGGAGGGAAGGGGCUCGGCAAGGGCGGCGCCAAGCGCCACCGGAAGGUGCUCCGGGACAACAUCCAGGGCAUCACCAAGCCGGCGAUCCGCCGUCUGGCUCGCAGGGGCGGCGUGAAGCGCAUCUCGGGGCUCAUCUACGAGGAGACCCGGGGCGUGCUCAAGAUCUUCCUCGAGAACGUCAUCCGCGACGCCGUCACCUACACGGAGCACGCCCGUCGCAAGACCGUCACCGCCAUGGACGUCGUCUACGCCCUCAAGCGCCAGGGACGCACCCUCUACGGAUUCGGCGGCUAGGCCAUGCCGGUCCAGCAGAACCCACCUCGCGCCGCCAGAUUCACUAGCUAGCCAUGGUUGUUCAGUGUUCAUGUUCCUCGGUGUAAUGGAAUGGCCGCAUCUCGCCGCUGUCUGUUGUUUUGA